GCCUUUUCCCUUUUUUUUUUUCGUUCCUGACCUGCACAAAGGCAAAAGCUGCUACCAUCCUUCCUUUCUUUUUCUUCCCUUCUCUUUCAAGCCUCUCCCUUUCCUUGGCCAUUACUCUUCUCUUCCCUUCUACCGUUUUCGCUUUAAUCAAUUCCGUCACUUCUUCCCUCCACUACUUCACAAUUCCUUCCUCUUUCGGAACCAUGCAGGAAACGGACGCUAAGCUCCAACUGCUGCUGCUGCUGCUGCAAGUCUUCGUGGUCUCCGCCACUUUGCACCCGGCCGACUACUUGGCCUUGCAGUCUCUCCGCGCCUCCCUCUCCGACCUCCCAGGUUCCUCCUUCUUCCUCGCCUGGGACUUCACCGCCGACCCUUGCUCCUUCCCCGGCGUCCUCUGCUCCGCCGAUCGCGUCGUCGCCAUCUCCCUCGGCGACCCCCGAGCCCGUUCCCCUGGCCUAACCGGCCGCCUCCCCUCCUCCCUCUUCCGCCUUUCCGCCCUCGCCGAGCUCUCUCUCGUCCCCGGCCUUGUUGCCGGCCCCAUCCCAGCUGCCCUCCCCCCCGGCCUCCGCUUCCUCGCCCUCGCAGGGAACCUCCUCUCUGGCCGACUCCAACCCUCCCUCACUGUUCUCCGCCGUCUCCGCACCCUCGACCUCAGCGCCAACCGCCUCUCCGGCCCCCUCCCCGCAUCCCUCCUCCGUCUUCCUGAGCUCCGAACCCUCAUCCUCUCUGGCAACCGCCUUUCCGGGUCCAUUCCCGUCGGCGUAUCCGCUCCACUCCUCCGCCUAGACCUCCACGGAAACGUCCUCACUGGCUUCCUCCCGUUUCUUCCCUAUUCCCUCAUCUACCUCUCCCUCGCCUCCAACCAACUCUCCGGACGGGUCGACCGAGUCCUUCUCCGGCUCAGCCAGCUACGAUUCCUCGACCUAAGCGUGAACCAGUUCUCCGGCCCCCUUCCAGGAGGUCUAUUCGCCUUUGCCAUAUCAACCCUGCGGCUGCAGCGGAACCAGUUCUGCGGCCCGGUCCGGCCGUCGGGACCGCUGGCGGUGGAUGGCGCUACAAUCGACCUGAGCUACAACCGAUUGACGGGCGCUGUUCCAGCAGAGCUUGCCCAGGCAGGCAGGCUCUACCUCGACUUCAACCGGUUCACAGGGCGGGUGCCGGUGGUGCUGGUGGACCGUUUGGUGGCGGGGCAGAUGCGACUACUCUACCUGCAGCACAACUUCCUGACGGGGUUCGACAUUGGGGCGGCUGUGCCGGCAGGCACGUCACUGUGUCUGGAGUACAAUUGCGUGGCGCCACCACCCAGCUCGCGGUCGUGCGCGCGCGACGCCGUGCCUCCGAGAAUGAGACCCCCAGAGCAAUGUGCCGCCAUAAGGAAGAAGAAGAAAUCGAAUUAAAGGGGAAUGCCAGGAACAGAUCAUUGAACUACUGAAGCAGUUUUGAGGAAGAGUUUUGAGUUCAUACACAUUGAACUGUCUGUCACCCUCAUCGUAGAUGCAAUACAAGAACUGAAGCAGGUUUUUGUUCCCUUGAUUUAGCUCUCUUCUUGUUUUUCUUUC